ACAUACAGUAUGUAAUAUAAUACUUACUACAUAGGAUUUAUUGCAAGACUUGGGUUAAUGCAAAUAAAGUGCUUAGACCAGGUACACGUCAUAAAGUGAGAGUUGAAUACACGUUAACCAUCGUUAUUAGCCAUAGUCAUUAACCACCUGGGGGAACCUCAGCUGGACUUGGAGUCUGAGCAUCCAGCUGGAAAGGCCUGUCUAGGAGUGUCUUCUGAAUGUGAUUUGCAUAACGGUUGAGGGCCAGCUGACGUCAAGGGCUUCUUGAAGUUCUAGGUCAGCGGUAGCCUUGGAAAUGCUUCCAGCUGCAAGACAGCCCUAUGGUCUCACCACCAACCCUGCUUCCUACUCAGCUGCCAAAGCACCAGGAAGUGAAACAGUUGAAGCCCCGUGCCUCCAACUCACCCCAUCUAUCUCAUCCUACCUCCAUUUCCUUGUCUUUCUUUUCAUCUCUCAUCUCCUAUCUUUUAGGACUCUCAGGACAGUGACCAGAGGUAGCAAAAGUGUAAGAGACACUACACAAAUAGAGUGGACUCCCCUUUGCGUCCCCCUCCCAAUUCCCUAUUCCAUUUCUCCCUUCCUAUGUAGACAAACCAUUUCUCCCCCAAACUGAACCAGUUCUAAGAUGCUGGAAAUGUUUCAUCUAAAGGUAAGUAGAUCCAUCACAGAAUCCUAAUAAUAACAUGUGAACCAGAAGUUUCAUUGGACAGUUUAAAAUAGUCCCAAAGGGUACUUGCUUCAGCAGCACAUUACUAAAAUUGGAAGGAUACAGAGAUUAGCAUGGCCCCUGUGCAAGGAUGACAUGAAAUCCAUAAAGCAUUUUAUAUUAAAAAAAAAUAGACUUCAGGCAGUGGUGGUACACACCUUUAAUCACAAUACCCGGGAGGCAGGCAGAUCCGAGUUUGAGGCCAGCCUGGUCUACAGAGUGAGUUUCAGGACAGCCAGGGCUACACAGAGAAAUCCCUUUCUCGAAAAACAAAAAGUCCUAAGGGAAGGGAGACCCCCAUUGAGAACAUGUCUAUCAGAGGAAAAGUUAGCUUAGGAAGGCUUUGAGCGCCUUCCCUGUGGUCAUCUACAGCCUCAUUCUGACGUCCAAAUUGUCCUGGGACCCUCCACUGGGGUUGGGGCAGUCCCAGCUUCAGACCACCCUCUCCUCCCACGUCCAACCUCACUCUCUCAGCUGCUUCCCUGGAGGUUGCAUAAUGGAGGGUGAUGAAAUCAGCCAUCAGUGGAUUUUACCCAUGGAUGCAAUAGGCUGGAGGAGAAGCAAGGGUCACUGCCACUGUCAACCACCCAGAACUCCUAGCUACACGUUUCUAGCUAUGGGGUACGAACAGGGGCGGGGGCUGAAAUGUUUAAGUUGGAUUUCCAGUCCUUGGUUAUACUGGCUCCCUGAAAAAUCAUUACCUAAACCCCACAGAACCCAUGACAACCUCAGGCUAAGUGGAAUGAAAAAUCAAGCGGUUCUUAGCCAGCAUUAUCACCCCCCAAAGUACCCUUUCCACAGUGAGGGCUGACGUGGAGCAGUAAUUUCUUACCUUGCCCUUAUGCAGCAUCUCAGAUCACAAAGUGUUUUCAUGGUUACUGUCGCCUCCAAAAUCAGGACCACCCAGUGAAAAGAACACCAUUUCCCACGGAGGAAAAGAAAAGCCUUGUUCUUACAUAGAAGGUGUCACACAGGAACCAAAUUUCAUUUCAAACUGAGCUCACCAUGGGAUUUGGAGAUGAAUGAACGCUGUUUUGGUUUUUUCCUCGGGCAAGAGGAAGUGAGGAAAUCAGAGUGGGAUGAGCCAUCUCUGUUCCUGGAGAGCGUGACACAUGUGUCCCAUCCUAGGCCUCUAGCCACAGCAACCUCACCACUCACUUCCCCUGGAACCGAGGAGGCAUACCUGGGCUCUCCACAGAGGGAGAUGAUGUAGGGAGGGAAAUCCCACCUGCUCUGAGUCACCUGCCAGUGUAAAGGGCGGGCCUUACGAUGCAGGGACCUUAAAAAGAGACUGCGAGACAAAGGGAAGAAAACAGGAAGCAGCUCAGGAACCGGACUACAAGAGUCAGAACAAAAGGGGCCGGUGCAGAGUCCACAAGGCCUGGUGCAGGUCACACAGCCAGCCGGAUCUGAGAAGCAGGCAACAAGAUGCUGGAUUGCAGAGCCGUACUACUGCUGUGGCUGAUGCCCUGGACCACUCAGGGCCUGGCUGUGCCUAGGACCAGCAGCCCCGACUGGGCGCAAUGCCAACAGCUCUCUCAGAAUCUCUGCACACUAGCCUGGAGUGCACAUCCACCAGUGGGACAUAUGGAUAUACUAAGAGAAGAAGAUGAAGAGACUCGAAAUGAUGUCCCCCGUAUCCAGUGUGGGGAUGGUUGCGAUCCCCAAGGACUCAAGGACAACAGCCAGUUCUGCCUGCAAAGAAUCCACCAAGGUCUGGUUUUUUACAAGCAGCUGCUGGACUCAGACAUCUUCACAGGGGAGCCUUCUCUGCUCCCCGAUGGCCCCGUGGGCCAGCUUCAUACCUCCCUACUGGGCCUCAGCCAACUCCUCCAGCCAAAGGAUCACCAUUGGGAGAGUCAACAGAUGCCCAGCCUGAGUCCCAGCCAGCAGUGGCAGCGUCCCCUCCUCCGCUCCAAGAUCCUCCGAAGCCUUCAGGCCUUUGUGGCGAUAGCUGCCCGGGUCUUUGCCCAUGGAGCAGCCACCCUGACUGAGCCCUUAAUGCCAUCAGCUUAAGUAUGGCACCCAGGUUCCCAAGGCUCAGCAAUGAUAAGAUUAAUUUAUCAACCCAGGCAUCCAUAAGCCAACAAGCUAACUGGUCCAUUAGUAAGUACUAUUUUUUGUUAUUGUUUUGUUUGAAGGGCAAGGACAAUUUUAUUAAAGAGAAAAACAAAAAACAGCCCAGAGUAGGUAGCUCUCUAGAGGAAGGAGAUGGAGACAGAGGAUAAGGUCAUGCCCUUUGCCAUGGAAGCUGGCAAGCGGCCGCAUGGUAGAAGGGGUGAGGGUGGGGGUGCACAUCAGAGAAACAGUGAGAAAGCCCAGGCUUUGGCCAGUAUCUGCAUGAGAAAGAAGAAAAAGGGCAAGUUGUACUUUUCUGAGUAACUAGGGGAAAUGUGCAGCUCACGGUGCAAAGGAAGCUCCGGUCUGCUUAGUCCCUGAGAUCUAACAAAUGACCAGUAUGGACCGACUUGUGACGCUAACCUGUGACAAACUUGCAUAUUUAUUAAUCGGGAGGGGAGAGUUUGGUAUUAUUUAUCCUUGUAACAGCAGUUUAGAGGAUUGUUAUUUAUUAUAUUUAUAAGGAAUUAUGUAUUUUUUCCAAUAAAGAUUUAUUUAUGUGC